GCCGCGACUCUCCGCGACUCUCCGCGACUGUCGGCGACUCGGUGGGCACGGCCCGGCCCGGGCACAGCGCAGGGCGGCGGGUCCUCGGCCCUGCUCUUGCCCCUUCUUUUUUCCUACGGAUUGUUUUGUUGUUGUUUUUUUUUUGCUGCCGCCCUGCGUUUCCAAAAACGACGAGCUCUCUCCUGAGCUGCGGCAGCUGCGGCGCGACACCGGCACGGGGAUCUGUUCCAUCCAUUCCCUCCCCUUCACAUGCACCCGGUGACGUGCCAAGGCAUGGUGUGCUCCAGCCCUGUGCUGAGAGCUCAGGGGCAAUCGAGCUCCGCCAAGGAAGACAGGCCUGGCAGUGAGCCAGACCUCACGUGGCUGGUUAACCUCACAGGCGCCCACAUCGGCUUGCCCCCGAUAUCUGAGGACCCCGAGGACCGCUGCACCAUCUGGGAAAAUCUGGUCAGUCUGGUGGACUUUCAGUCCCCAGGCUUUCCCCUGACUGCUGAGGAGCUGUGCGAGUACAUCGACAUUCCCCGCACGGCCAUCUCCUCCUCCACCACCUCCAUGACCACCACGACGCACCACGACGUGGCUGAGCCCUCUCAGCUCACGGGGAACAUCAACUACAAGACCAACCCGCACGUCAGGCCACCCUACUCCUACGCCACCCUCAUCUGCAUGGCGAUGGAAGCCAGCAAGAAGCCCAAGAUCACCCUCUCGGCCAUUUGCAAGUGGAUCAGUGACAACUUCUGCUACUUCCAACCUGCUGAUCCCACCUGGCAGAGCUCCAUCCGGCACAACCUCUGCAUCAACAAGUGCUUCAUCAAGGUGACCCGGGAGAAGAGCGAACCAGGGAGAGGCGCAUUUUGGAAGCUCCACUCCCGAUAUGCCAACCGGCUCAAGAGCAGGGCCUUCAAAGAGUGGAGGAUGUCACCAGUGCAGAUCCAGCCAGGCUCCCCUGAAAGAGCCCAGCAAGAGGCAUGGCACGUCAUCAGCCCAGCUGCCUCAGCCUGCAGCUCCCAUAACAACCUCGAGAUCAGCAUGGAGCUGCAGCAGCUGCUGAAGGAGUUUGAAGAGUUUGAAAACAGCCAGAACUGGAAUGGCGUGGAGAAGGAAGCGGGGCAGCAGCGCAAGCAGCCCACGCCAACGGCCAAGGCGUCUCGGCUUCCCAGCUCUGCUUCCGGGACCCAGGAAGAGAGGAAUGACCUGACCGAGCUGAAGGGUGACACUGACUGGGAAGCUCUCCUGAACAACCACCUGGACGAAGGAGACUUCUCCAUUCUUGGGGAUCUGGAGCUCCCGCCUCCCAUCCAGCCCAUAACACCCCACCUGGACUGGACGGGACAAGGGCAGCACACGGACUGUCCCCAAGGACAGGAGCGAGUCCUCACCAAACCCAACCACAACAACCCAGGCUUGGAUGAAACCCUCAUGGCCACAGCUUUCCUGGAGUGUGCCUGGCACAAGGAAACAACCGAGAACCUCUCCAACUUCGUCCCCGUUGACCAGGGGGCUGAAAACAUCCAGGCCUCUUUGCCAGAGAGGGAUGUCACAGACUGGAACAUUCUGACCUGCUUCCAUUAACACUUCACUGGAGAUGGUAGAUGGCAGUUCUAUUCUCAUGUUUGGCAGAUAUGUUGAAGAACUGCACAGAUACUUCUACACUUUAACUUUUUUCAUGCAAAAGUUACUAAUAAAUUAAACAAAAUAAUGAAGACAAAAAAAUGGAGAAGAAAA